AUGGCCACCUUUCACCCUGAAACCUUUGGGUCACCUCAGCAGCUCCGAGCAUUCAGCACGGUCAUGCUCAACCUGGCAGAGCAGCAGUCAGGCCGGUUUAGACCUCACCCAGAGCACCUGUACUCCACCAGGGCUUACAGCUGGAGGAGUAAAAACAACACGUCAGACAUCCCGCCUCUUCACAGGAGCAGAACAGCCUACUAUGAGGUCCUCCAAGUGUCCCCGAGCGCCACCCAAUCCCAAAUAAAGACAGCCUACUACAAGCAGUCGUUCAUCUACCACCCAGACAAGAACCCCGACAACGAGGAGGCCACCCAGCGUUUCUCUGAGAUCAGCGAGGCCUAUAGCGUGCUGGGGAGCAUGGCCCUGAGGAGGAAGUACGACCGCGGCAUCCUCAGUGGGUCAGACGUCCAGGGGGCCGGCAGACCCUCGGAACGGGAGUCCACCUCCACCAGAGCCUCUGGCCCACAGCAGUAUCAACAACAGCAGAGGUCCCGGCGGUUCUCCAACGUUGGAGGGAAAGCCAUGUUUGACUUUGAUGCCUUCUUCCAGGCUCACUAUGGAGAGCAGCUGAUGAGGGAGAAGGAGCUGAGGGCCAGAAAGGCCCAUUACCAGCAGAAACAGCAGCAGGAUUAUAAACAGUGGAAGCUGGGGAAGAUGUUGGAGAUGACUGUAGGGGUGCUGUUGGCCAUGGGAGGAGUCAUCUUCUUCAGUAUCACCAGGUCCUGA